UUUUAAGGUAGUGCAAGAUGGGAUUGUUUAAGAAAAAAGAAGAAAAGGAGAAGCCAUCUAUUUCAACAGAAAGCAGUAAGGGAUCAGAGGAAGAGAAAGAGGAGGCACCGAAGGCGUCGAUAGUUCAAUUGUUUCGUUAUGCAUCGGGUUUCGACAAAUUGCUUUUGCUUCUCGGUUGUCUUGUUAGCAUUGCGACGGGUGUUGGCAUGCCCUUGAUGUCAAUUAUUAUGGGUAAUGUUUCCCAAAACUUUAUGGACGUUACUGGUAACUACACUGAUCCCAAUAUAAUACACCAAUUUGAGCAUGAUGUCAUUCAAAAUUGUCUCAAAUAUGUCUACUUGGGUUGCGGUAUAUUCGCAGCGGCAACGAUACAGGCAAUGUGUUUCUUGACCGUAUGCGAAAAUCUAGUAAACCAAUUGCGAAGAGAAUUUUUCAAAGCGAUUCUCCGGCAAGAUAUCACUUGGUAUGACAAAAAUAACUCCGGAAAUCUGGCAACGAAACUUUUCGACAACCUCGAGAGGGUGAAAGAAGGCACAGGAGACAAACUCGGUCUGAUGAUUCAGUUCGUUGCACAAUUUUUUGGUGGAUUUAUCGUUGCGUUUACAUAUGAUUGGAAGUUAACACUCAUCAUGAUGUCGCUUUCGCCAUUUAUGAUCGUUUGUGGAGCUUUCAUCGCUAAGUUAAUGGCAUCAGCUGCUACGGAAGAAGCGAAGAAAUACGCAGUUGCUGGAGGAAUCGCUGAAGAAGUGCUGACCUCAAUGAGGACGGUCAUUGCUUUCAAUGGACAACCGUACGAAUGCGAAAGGUACGACGUCGCUCUGGCGGCUGGUAGAUCAACCGGCAUAAAGAAGUCAUUGUACAUCGGGCUGGGUCUUGCUCUAACCUUUACUAUCAUGUUCUCAUCAUAUUGUCUGGCCUUCUGGGUUGGAACCGAUUUUGUGUACCAUGGCACGAUGAAAGGAGGAACGGUCAUGACGGUGUUCUUCUCCGUUAUGAUGGGUUCCAUGGCCCUCGGCCAAGCUGGGCCGCAGUUCGCUGUUCUCGGUACUGCUAUGGGAGCUGCCGGAUCUUUAUACCAGAUCAUCGAUAGGGAGCCAGAGAUUGACGCCUAUUCAACGGCUGGCAUGAAGCCAUCAAAACUCAGAGGGAGAAUUUCCGUCUCGAGUGUAAAGUUCAGUUACCCAACUAGGCCUGACAUACCUAUCCUCAAGGGCAUUUCGUUCGAAGCAAAUCCUGGCGAAACGAUUGCUCUAGUCGGCUCCAGUGGUUGUGGCAAAAGUACAAUAAUACAGUUGCUGCUCCGAUAUUACGAUCCAGCUGGAGGAAAGAUUUCUAUAGAUGGCAUUGAGAUCGAUAAAAUCAAUAUUGAGUUCCUCAGAAAUUACAUAGCUGUAGUAUCGCAAGAGCCUGUUCUUUUCAAUACAACCAUCGAGCAGAAUAUUCGCUACGGACGAGAAGACAUCACAGAAGCUGAAAUUAUAGCAGCUCUUCGCAAAGCGAACGCUUACAACUUUGUGCAGAGCUUCCCCGAUGGAAUCAAAACGAAUGUAGGAGAUCGCGGUACACAAAUGUCUGGUGGACAAAAGCAACGCAUUGCUAUAGCUCGUGCACUUGUCCGAGAUCCAAAAAUUCUUCUUCUGGAUGAAGCCACCAGCGCUUUGGAUGCUGAGAGUGAACAUGUUGUGCAGCAAGCCUUGGAGAAUGCCUCUCAAGGUCGCACCACCAUUGUAAUUGCUCAUCGACUUUCCACCAUCCGUAAUGCUGACAGGAUCAUAGCCAUGAAGGAUGGAGAAGUUAUCGAAGUUGGCACUCAUGACGAACUUAUUGCUCGUAAAGGCCUCUAUCAUGAACUUGUAAAUGCUCAAGUCUUUGCUGAUGUGGAUGAUGAUAUGGCAAAAGGAGUAGGAAAGAGAAAAUCUAUUUCAUCACGACGAUCGAGCACAUCGUCUACCGGUCAUCCUGAAUUGAGGCGCCUGAAGUCCCAGCUAUCUCAUGAAGUUGAAAAAAUUGAACAAAGCGAUCCCAAGAAAGCAGAGAAAGAUUUGGAAAGGUUGAAAAAAGAACUCGAAGAGGAAGGAGCAGUGAAGGCUAAUCUCUUCAAAAUCCUCCACUAUGCUCGUCCCGAAUGGGCUUUUCUUUUUUUCGCUGUGUUUUCUGCGAUAAUUCAAGGCUGCGUUUUUCCAGCAUUUUCACUUUUCUUCACGGAAAUUAUUGAAGUCUUCGCCAGACCACCUGGCGAUCCAGAUCUUCAAUCGAGGGGUCAUUUUUGGGCAUUAAUGUUCCUUGUUUUGGGUGGAGUGGAAGCAGUUUGUAUGAUUACGCAGUGUUUCUUUUUUGGAUUAUCAGCUGAAAGACUGACAAUGCGUUUGCGAUCCAAAGUAUUCCAUAAUGUGAUGCGAAUGGAUGCUACCUAUUUUGACAUGCCUCGCCAUUCGCCUGGAAAAAUCACCACCCGUCUUGCUACUGACGCUCCAAAUGUAAAAUCUGCAAUCGACUAUCGUUUCGGAUCUGUUUUCAACUCAUUCGUGUCCGUAUGUUGUGGUAUCGGUAUCGCAUUCUACUUCGGAUGGCAGAUGGCUCUUUUGACUAUUGCGAUAUUCCCACUUUCUGGUGUUGGGCACGCUGUCCAAAUGAGAUUCAUGUCUGGACGAGCUGGAGGUGAUGCGAAAGAAAUGGAGAAUAGUGGAAAAAUUGCGAUGGAAGCCAUCGAAAAUAUCAGAACUGUGCAAGCUCUGACAUUAGAACAUCGCUUGCAUUAUCAGUUUUGUCGCCACUUGGAUGGACCCCAUAAGACGAAUAGACGAAGAGCAGUAAUGCAGGGUGCUUCAUACGGUUUCGCUAGCAGUGUAUUCUAUUUCUUGUAUGCAGCAUCUUUCCGGUUUGGUCUGUGGCUCAUUCUCAGAGGCGAUAUGCAGCCAAUGAAUGUUCUAAGGGUACUCUUCGCCAUUUCGUUCACCGCUGGAAGCUUAGGAUUUGCCAGUGCCUACUUCCCUGAAUACGUUAAAGCAACAUUUGCCGCUGGUCUCAUCUUCAAUAUGCUGAAAGAUGAGCCGCGAAUUGAUGGAAUGACUGAUAAGGGCAAGAAACCAAAACUUACUGGAUCGAUCAUGCUCAACAAUGUCUACUUCAAUUACCCAGAAAGGCCAAAUGUACCCAUUCUUCAAGGACUUGACGUUUCUGUACAACCUGGAGAAACCCUUGCUUUGGUUGGUCCAAGCGGUUGCGGAAAAUCUACAGUUGUAUCUCUUUUAGAACGAUUGUAUGACCCACUAGAUGGAGUUGUGGCUGUGGACAGUAAUGACCUCCGUGAAAUGAAUCCGACCCACCUGCGCUCUCACAUCGCGCUGGUGUCACAGGAGCCAGUCCUGUUUGAUACUUCCAUUAAAGACAAUAUCGUGUACGGUCUUCCUGCUAACUCAGUAACGGAGGAUAUGAUUAUGGAAGUGGCUCAGAGAGCUAACAUUCACAAAUUCAUCAGUGAGCUGCCGGAUGGCUUUAACACGAGGGUCGGUGAGAAAGGUACUCAGCUUUCUGGAGGACAAAAGCAAAGAAUUGCCAUUGCUCGUGCGCUCAUCAGAAAUCCAAAAAUUCUCUUGCUUGAUGAGGCCACAAGCGCUUUGGAUACGGAAAGUGAAAAGCUCGUCCAAGAAGCUUUGGACAAGGCCUCCAAGGGAAGAACCUGCAUCGUAGUGGCUCAUCGACUAUCUACGGUCGUUAAUUGCAAUUGUAUAAUGGUCGUGAAGUCUGGAAAGAUUGUCGAGAAAGGUACCCACAACGAACUUAUGCAAGCUAAAGGAGCUUAUUGGGCUCUCACGCAAAAACAGAAUAUUCACACCAACUGAUAGAUCUUUUUGUUGUUGUCUGUCUUGUCCUUGUUUCUUAG